CACAUAUAUAUACACAAGAUGUCAAGCAGAAGAUCCAGAUCUAGGCAAUCAGGCGGUUCAAGGAUCACCGAUGACCAAAUUAACGAUCUCGUUUCCAAGUUGCAGCAACUUCUUCCCGAGAUUCGCCGCUCGCAAUCCGAUAAGGUUUCGGCAGCAAAAAUAUUACAAGAGACGUGUAACUACAUAAAGAACUUACACCGAGAAGUGGACGAUCUAAGCGAGAGACUAUCGGAGUUGUUGGCGUCGUCCGAUACUGCUCAAGCUGCCAUCAUUAGAAACUUACUGAUGCAAUAGAGACAAUGAUAUUUUCAUAUGACAAGACA